GAGGCAGGGCAGGGGGAGGAAGAGGAGGAGACGAGAAUCGACAACUCUCGCGUUCGUGCGGCCCCGGCUACAGCAGCAAGCAAGCAAGCAAGAGGAGCAAGCGGCAGUAGUAGAAGCAGCAGCAGCAGCAGCAGUCGUAGUAGUUCUAGCAAGCGGCUACAGCAGUAGCGAGCGAGAGACAGCACAAGCAGCAGCAGCAGCGGCAGGCAUGGCAGACCAACUCACUGAGGAGCAGAUUGCUGAGUUCAAGGAGGCGUUCUCCUUGUUUGACAAGGAUGGCGAUGGCACCAUCACCACCAAGGAGCUGGGCACCGUAAUGAGGUCGCUGGGACAGAACCCCACGGAGGCGGAGCUGCAGGACAUGAUCAACGAGGUGGACGCUGAUGGCAAUGGAACUAUUGACUUCCCAGAGUUUCUCACGAUGAUGGCGAGAAAGAUGAAGGACACAGACAGCGAGGAGGAGAUCCGAGAGGCCUUCAGAGUAUUCGACAAGGACGGAAAUGGCUACAUCAGCGCGGCGGAGCUGCGUCACGUGAUGACGAACCUCGGGGAGAAACUAACAGACGAGGAGGUUGACGAGAUGAUCCGGGAAGCCGACAUCGAUGGGGACGGGCAGGUCAACUACGAAGAGUUCGUGCAAAUGAUGACGGCCAAGUGAAGUUGUACAGUGUCUUACUGCAUCCGUACGGAGCUUUGUUAUUAUAGUUUUGUUAGUUUUCUUUAAUUCUUCAUUUUGUGUUUUUAAUAAUUAUUAUAGCAUAUUAGAUUUCAAGUGUAUACAGCUCAGUUUGGUGACAUUUCCCCCAUUUAAGGUGAACAUGUAUAAAUUCAAAAGCCUGGCCUUUGUUGAGUAUCAGGAUAUCAUUUAACCCACAGAAAAUGUAUGAGCUUCUUCGAAAGGUAUUCCAAUUGAAGAAGAGGCAACAUUUUAGCAUUACAUAAAAAAAGGGUUAUGUAACUCGGUAGGCUGUAAAUGUUACAUGUAACUGUGUAAGCAGCAAGUGGGGUUCCUUGACUUUUUUAAGCAAGAUUUUUUGCCAUUGAUUUAUCAGAAUGAGGUACUGCAUUCAAAAAAAGAUCAGAAAUACAGUCUGUUGUUACUCUCGUAUCCGCAUACUGUACUGUAUUGCACUAUUGCAAAUCUGAUAUACUUUCAAGGUACUCUACUACAGACAGAUGAAAU